CCUGACUGGUGCUUCCCCCUUUGACACAAGAAACUUUUCCCCAGCUCCUUGGGUUUCUUCCUGCAACGCAACCAAGACGACAAUUGUUUUCGUUCUCUUCCCUUCUUUUUCUUCUGAUGAAGUUGUAGAGGCUGUUCCAGCUUUCUCUCUUUAAUCACUUUCGUUUUCCCAUCUUUUUUUUCUUCUAGUCCUUCCUUUCUACGUCUUUCGCUCUGUCAGCGCCUUAACCACGCAUUCGCUUAUUCAUUCGCUCUCACCAAAAGAACCGCUCUUUACGCAGGCUGCCUCGUCACUUGACCUCGUAUCGGCUCCCGCAAUUCGCCAACAUCGACGCUUUCAACACUGAAAUACGAAUCGCCACCUACGUACUUACAAUCGUUCUUCUUCUUUUUAUUCUGCUGGCGCUGAGAUCCAUCCGCCCAACCUCCUGUCGCUCCAUACGCAAUCGACUCGAACCCAAGACAUAAAUCUUCCGAGACAGCACUAAUUUACCCAACCGCCUUUUUUUUCUGCUGCACGACCCCACGAAGUCGCUCUCCGUCCCCGGCUUGUUUUUACUGUCGAAAUCUACUCUUGCGCAUACAGUGAUCACAAGGCUCGCCUUUGUCCAUCGCAGCCUUUCCCCCGUCGUUCGCAGAUCUUGUGUCAAUCCGAGCUUCGACUCCAGCAUAUCGCUGUCACAUCGCCUCUACACCUCAACUUAGAAUGGUGUACUAGACACUGGCUUACAUUACGACGUUACAUAUUCGACGGGCCGUCUAUCUCAAACCUUAGUUGCUGCAACGUCGAUCUGGGCAUUUUAUAUUUAUUUUCCAUUCAGUUCAAGACUUAGCACCGCCAUCAUGCCGACCAUCGACGUGGAGAUGGCGAGAAGCCUCCGCGGCGGUCUCCUGGAGAUUAUGAAGGAGAACUUUGCUAGAAGUGUUGCCGAGACGCUCCGCCGACGUAACAUUAUUGGCGACACUGAGCAGCACGUUGAUAACGUCAAGACUGCUUUCUCGAGCUGGGACAACUGCAUGAAGGCUGCCUACUGCAAAUGGCCUGUUAUCGCCAUUAUUGUUAUUGGAAGUUUGAUCCUACUCAGUGUCAUCACUUGUGUUGUCAGAUGCUGCUGCUGUGGCAUGUCCUGCUGCUGCAGCUGCUUCCGAUGCCUCAAGUGCUGUGAAUGCUGCACAUGCUGCGAGCCUCGACGAAAGAAUAACCAGUAUCUCGACGCACCUUACGUGCCGCCUCACCACGGCUACCAGCAACAGCCCCCAAUGCAUGCCAACUACGGACCACCACCGCCACAACACCACUCGUCAGCUCCUCAAUACGCCGAGUUUGAGACUGGGCGAAAGGGGCCUGAGGAUGCGCUCCCACAAAUGCCUGGAUGGGACACCGCAAACUCGAAGAAGGUCUUGAUUGAAGAAGAUGAUGCCGUAGAAAUGAACGCACUCAAGCCCAAGACCAACGAGCAUCCCAACGACCCGCGAAUGGCUGGUGCCUCGGCCGCAGGAGCUGUCAGCCCCGUGUCCAUCCACGAACAACGACACGGCUAUAACCGCACGCCCCAAGGCGAAAUGAAGCAGUACAACGCCGUAGGAGCUGGCAACCGCAUGCACGACAACCGAACCGUCAGCCCCUUUGCACCCAACGAUCGCCAAGGUCCUUUCGGUCAACCUGGACAGGGCUACGGCUCCAACCGGUUGUCGGACGGUUACGGUCUUGACCAGCCUUACGAUAACCACGCCGCCGCGCUUCCUGCACCCACCAUCCCUCUGGUAGCAGCCGGUACUCGCCUUGGCCAGCAACAGCAUGACGCCUCUCAUCAGUACAACCAGGGCUAUGCCGAGAUGCCAAUCGAACCUGGUCAAGCACAGGCUACCCCUCAUAGUGGCUACUCAGAGAUGCCGUCCGAGCCCAGGGCCGUUGGUGCAGAGCUCCCAGGCAGCGUAAGCGCUCAAAGCUUUGAAAUGUCCGCCGAACCUCUUGGCUAUGGCCAGAAGAGCCACCAGUCAUCAAAUGAGCCAGUAAUUAUGGAGAUGCCCACAAGUGACCAUGUCGCCCCUGUUGAGUUGGACGGCGGUAUGACUCCGAUUACACCAGUUACUGCUACUCCCAAUGCCGCUAGAGGCAACUCUCAGAGCCCUCCCAACCCCCAGAUGCAGCGCCGGCCUACUGGUGAUGCCCCCGACGGCUACGGAAUGCGUCGUCAAGGUACCGGCGAGAGCAAUGCUGGACAAUAUGGCAGCCGUCCUCCCCCUCAAGGAAACUCUGGACGUCCCGAUGCCAUGCGUCGCCAUGGAACCGGCGACAGCAGCAACCCCGGAGGUGCUCCCUUCGGUAUGGAGCCGCGCAUGAGAAACUCUCCUGGACCCAGAUCUCCGGGUGGCAUGUCUCCUGGUCCUCGCAACUCCCCAGGACCCGGCCAACGUCGUGGCCCCGGACCCGGACCCGGCGGCAGACCCGAUCAGUACCAACCAUCGCCCUUGAACACACCAGGUCCUUAUGGAGACGGCUACGCUCGCCCUCCCCCAAGAGAUGGCGGUAACCGAACCUACUCUCCAGCACCUCAAAUGCGCAGCCCUCAGCACACCGUUCCUCUUGCGCAGCCAACACCCCGCGGCCCUGAUAUCGCCCCUCCCCCAACGUCACCCAUCACCAACAACGCUGGGUUCGACUUUAGCUCGGGAUACUCACGACCUCCCACCGGCGGCCGUGUCAACUCGGAGCAGUCACUCAAUGGCAGCAGAAACCCCCAACCUGGUUACCAGCAGCAGCAACAACAGCAGCAGUAUGGACAGCACCAAGGAUGGUGAGGCCGAAAACCAUCGAUAGGGCUUUGUCGUAUUUACAGGGAUAGUUCAUGGGUACAUAACAUAAUGCACGGCGUCUUUGUUGGGAUACCAUUUUCGCUUCUUUAGAAAUUGUAUGAUACUUGACAAUCAUGCAGAUGAGAGAAAGAUAGUAAUCAUUUGUGUAACGACUCUAAAACAAUGUUCAUAUAGAUGUGAAUGCUUAACUCCCGCCAUUUUUAUGCUCCUGCUGCAAAUUUCAUUUCCAAAAAAAGAAUAGCCGCCAAUAAUGAUCUAGUUGACAUGGUGAUAUUCGUACAAGAGAACCCUUUAUACUGGAAAGCACUAGGCAUUCUUCACCGAUGUCUCGGGUGUGUCCUUGUUGACUGAGAGGCGGCCACUAGCACUGCUGCCAAUAAUAGUAUGGGCAUCACCAUCAAAGUCUGGGUCGUACUCUGCAGCUAUUUCAGGGCGUCCAUGAUGGCGAGUUCUGAUGAUACCGUGCUCUUCCUGUGUGUCAACAUUAUCAUCGUCCACCGAGGACCGCAGCUGGUCAAAUCUGCCGCGUCCGUCGUCAGUGUUGGGGACUAUUGAGUUUUCUGGGUCCUUCUUGAUGUAAGAGUCGAUGAUGUAGUACUGUAAGGCGUUCAUUAUGAGGGGGAAGAUCAUCAUGACAAAUGCAAUUUGAAGUUUCUCGUUGCCCUCGGUCCAGCGGAGGGCCCAGUCGCCCACCACCACAAUCCACGGCAUCACGAGGAAGAUGAUGAGCACGCAUAGCUUCAUGCAGAAGAGGCCGCAGAAGUAAAUGACGGACUGCUUGAGCCACCACCAUGCAUUUGGGGGGCUUCCAUAGUAACCUGAUUGGAUCGACUCGAGAGGCUUGCCGAGUGACGUAAAAGAGACGAGAUAGGUGAUGAUGCGUAGAAGAACGAUAAGAAUGGGUAUACCCAGAGUAGU